AUGCAGGAGCCGAUGAAGAAGCCGAGGCAGGAACUGAUGAGGCUGAUGCAGGAGCCGAUGAAGAAGCCGAGGCAGGAACUGACGAGGCUGAUGCAGGAGCCGAAGAAGAAGCCAAGGCAGGAACUGACGAGGCUGAUGCAGGAGCCGAAGAAAAAGCCAAGGCAGGAACUGACGAGGCUGAUGCAGGAGCCGAUGAAGAAGCCGAGGCAGGAAAUGACGAGGCUGAUGCAGGAGCCGAUGAAGAAGACUGGCCAGGAACUGAUGAGGCUGAUGCAGGAGCCUCCAAUAAAGAAGUCGAUGCAGGAGCCUUCAACAAAAGGAGCUGAGUGGUUUCUUCGGCAGACCGCCUUUGUUCUCAACUGCUAAAGAAGGACA